GUCACCAGUCUCCAAAGUUCAAGAAAUAUUGAAAACCUAAUCCCAGAGAGGAGAUGUAUGGAGGAGGCAGUAGCUACCGUCAAGACCAUGGGGGACCUCACGCUCACAAGAGUGGUCACAAGAGAAGGGAGAAGGAGCUCACUAGGGAACCAAGCAAUCCAGCCGUGGGAACUAUAAUUUUUGAGAGUGCUCCAUUACCACAAACCACCCGAAUGCCCACAGCACAUAGAGACACGUCAAUGACCAGUGUUAAGCCUCCCACACUUAACACAAGGCCGCCGGGUGGGUUUGUACUGGCGGGUGUGGACUCAGGAGGGAGGCAGGACACUAAACCGUUGUGGCGUAACGGCUGGAGGGCAGGCAAACUGGUCUGUGCUGUGCCUAAACUACAUACACCCACGACACACUCCAAAUCAAUAGGAGAGCCUUCCAAAAAUGCAGUGAGCUCCUGUGACUUCCCCCGAGACAGACAUGGCUCUAACCUGCCCCUUCACUGUAUAGAUCUUCAACUACACAACAGACACGUCAAGUCAGUACUCUCAGAUGCUCAUUCCAAAGUAUUCGUUGACUCCAUUCCAGAAGCCCCAGUCCGAUUCUACCAUCCUGCCUCACUUGUGUCUAAGAGAGGUUGCACGGAAACCCCGCCUCCUAGAGUGGAGGCUGUUCCACUGGAUGAGCAAUCUUUGCACAAGCUCUUGAGGAAGGCUACAGCUGCCACCUGUGCUUACUCCGGAUAUGACGAUUCCUCCUCUCAAGCAUUGGACACAUUGUCUACUGUGCUUGGAGACUGCCUGCAGAACCUCACUAAAGUCAUGCGAGUUAAUGCUGACCAGGCUCUGGAGAACGGAGGGACUGCCUUUGCAGACGUAUUGGAUCAGUCUCUGCACCAGAUCGGAGUGAGGGGGAGGAGAGGUCUGGACAAGUACUGGCAGGACAGUGUACAGGGGUUCGUCCGCUACUUGCAGGAGGAGAUUAGCGAGACCACUCACGAGUACCAGAGACUAACGAAUCCACCCAACAAAGCUCCAGCAUCAAAGAAGCAGAGAAGGAGCGAGUCUCCUGACCUUUGGCCUCCGGACCUUGACCCUGAGAGCACUGGAGAACAGGAGAUCUCAUUGGACACAGUACUGGAGCACACCAACACGGACAAUGUCUUACCUUUAAGAACACCAGAUUUGGAAGGUCCAGUUGCAGGCUUUUCUCAGUUUCUGGACCAGGAAUCUCUGGAGGGGAGCACCAACGAUUUCUCAUCACUCGCACUCGAUGGACCACCCCCCCCUAAAAGAUUUCGAGCAAUUUCAUUCGGAGACUAACACUUUGACAACAGAACUUAUCAUGUGAACAAUCUAUAUAUCACCAGUAGUGUGUCAUACUUUGUUUUUGAAAUAAACACAAUCAAGUAAAAAACAAAUUAUUUAAAUUA